AUUAAAUUGAAUGUUUAAAAUAUAUUUUGUAAUUAAUUACGUUUAUAAAUAAUUAAUAGACACAAAAUUGCUACAAAAGUUUCCGCGUGUUUCCUUCCCGCGCACAUCGUGCUAGGUGGAAGUUGGUCAUGGUCGUCCGACAAACGGAAAGCCGCCAUGAUGGCUUUCUGUAAAGUACGCCCAAUAUGUAAAGUUUCGUUACGGUUUUUCAUUAAUUGUGACUGAGUGCGUGCAAAAAUUAACCAUGGGAACGAACUAGAGUGUGUUAAGUUCAGUUUACGGUCCUUUAGGACCUCCUGGAGGAGCUAUAAAGUGUUUUAUUAGUGCAUUUUUGUGUCGACGCUAGCGUGUUUUGUUCUGUCAACAAAAUGUCGAAGCUCUCGUUUAGGGCGAGGGCCCUGGAUGCGUCGAAGCCAAUGCCCAUAUAUCUCGCCGAGGAGCUUCCGGAUUUACCGGACUACUCGGCGAUUAAUCGUGCAGUACCUCAAAUGCCCUCUGGAAUGGAAAAAGAGGAGGAAUGUGAGCACCACCUCCAGAGGGCGAUAUGCACGGGGCUCAUCAUACCCACGCCGGAAGUAUGCGACGUCCAGGACCUGGAGUUCUACGAGCGGUGCUACCCGCCCGACUACAAGAUGCCCAAGCAGCACAUACACAUGCAGCCGCUAUGGCAGGAACAAGAGGCGCCAGAGUACGACAUCGAUUCCGAGGACGAGCGGUGGCUGAAGCAGCAGAGGCAUCCGGAGCUCACAGAAUUAAUGUUCGAACAAAUGAUGGACAAGCUAGAAAAGAGCUCCGGACAGACGGUGGUGACGCUGAACGAGGCCAAGCUCCUGCUGGAGAGGCACGACGACCUGGUCAUCGCCGUCUACGACUACUGGCUCAACAAGAGGCUCAAGACUCAACACCCUCUGAUCCUGUCGGUGAAGACUGAGAGCCGGCCGGGCCAGUCGUCCAACAACCCCUACCUCGCCUUCCGACGCCGCACCGAGAAGAUGCAGACCAGGAAGAACAGGAAAAACGACGAGAGCUCGUACGAAAAGAUGCUCAAGCUACGGCGAGAGCUCGCACGGGCGCUGUCGCUCCUGGAGAUGGUCGCGCGGCGGGAGAAGGCCAAGCGGGAGCUGCUCCGGCUCACUGCCGCCAUCGCCGAGCGGAGGUACCACGCGGGAGACUUCACCGAGCCUCAGCCUAGGGUGGCGGCGGGCAGCGCGGCGGCGCUGCGCGCGCGCGUGGAGUUCCCGCCGCACUACCCGCCGCGCGCGCCGCCGCUGCCGCCGGACACGCCCCGACAGCGGGAAAAGCGUCCGUACAAGAGACGGAAACACAGGCACCACGCGGCCGCCGCCGUCGCCGGCCACCGAGAGCCGUUGUUCGCGUCGUCGUCGGAGGAGGAGAGUGCGCGGCUGGACGCGGCCACGCCGCCCGACGACGGGCCCUUCAGCUUCCGGAGGAAACCUGGCUGCUACUACGAGAUGCCAACCUCGACGCUCAGCGGCGACCCCGUGGAUCCGGAUAACAAGGAUGGGCUCUUCGAGCACGAACUCGACGAAAGGCAUAGGUUCAACCUCACGUCGUUGUCGGAGCCGUACCGGCGCUGCGUGGGGUUCGCGCGGCUGCGGCUGGGCCGCGGCGGGAGGCUGGCGCUGGACCGCGUGCGGCACCCGCUGGAUGACCUCUGGAGCGCCCUGCCGCCGCCGCCGCACCACACGGACCUGGCGGAGGAGGUGGACCUCGAGACAAAAGUGCACAGAACGCCCAAAGAGAUCAGUCGCGACUACCACGCGACCGGCAAAUACCCGUGGCGGCACGCCUUCCGCAAACACCUCCGCAACAACCCCCACCUCUGGAUCAAGGACGAGCCCGACCUCAAGGGCGUCGACCUCAAGGACGUGGAGCUCGACCUCGGGCUCAAGUGCAAAGUGGAGCCGGAGCUCAAAAGUGAUAUUAGUGUUAGGACGAUAGACUGUGCAGUGAGGAAGCGCGCGUGGAGCAGCAGCGAGGACAGUGAUAGCAGUUUGCAGCCCGUUGAACAGGAGUUUGAGAGGUUUAUCGACGAGGUUAAUAAGAAAUGGUUACAUUUCCGACCAAAAACGCCGCCCCUCUCUCCGCCGUACCUGCCGCCCGCCGACGAAGUGCCGGUGGAGCCCGACACGCCGCUAUGUGUGGAGCUGCGGCAAGAGGGAGCCUCCACCUUCACCAGUGACCAGUUCACGCUCGCCGACCUCAUGCCCGAGCUGGGGGACCUUCACAAGGACCUAGGAUUAUCGGAAGACCAAGGCAGCCUUCCCUCGGAAUCGGAGUUGAAACUGGACAAGAGUGGCCGGCUGGCGCUGGCGACGGAUCCUUUUUUAUCCCACGGCCGGGGCCCUAUGGCGCGGGGCCCCACGUUCGGCAGCAGCGCCGUGCGCGUCACGCACGACACACACUCUAUCUACAUGGAUAGACCCGCGCCGGUCAAGCACACCGGCUGCGUGUGCGUGACGUGCGCUAAAAUGUUGGAGCCGCACACGCACACGUCACGCAAGCCGUCUUUCAUAAGGAUCUGUAUACUAGCACGUCUACGUAGACGCAUCCGGUAUGCAACUGUCCCGGCGCCGGCCCCGGCCCCGGCCCCGGCCCCGCCGCCGCGGCGCGAGGCCGCGAGCAGCGCGCCGCCCGACCCCGUGCCGGCCUCGCGCCUCAUCGUCGAGGAGGUCAACGAGGUGCCGCAGAUAAAACUAGAAAAGAAGAAAAAGGACGACACGAUAGAGGAGAUCCAGUUGGCUCACGGCGUGCAGCUGAAGACGGUGCAGACGAAGCACUCGCCUCUGAAGAAGCACAUCAUCACGUCCGCGCACCGCCGCGCCGACCACGAGCCGCAGGUCCGCGCCCAGCUCACCGACACGCUGAAGGUGCGGCUCCAAAACCAUCUCCUAUCGUCGCAGGCCAGCGUGGUCAGCAGCGGCGCCACGGUGGUGGGCCUCGUGCAGAACGGACCCUUCACCGCCGUCCCGUCGCAGCCAGGCGGGGCGACCACCGCCGUGGCGGUGUCCGUCGCGGGCACGUCGUCCCCGCGGCGCGGCACGCCGCUGGUCCCGCUGGGCGGGCGCGGCGGGCUGCUGGCGGCGCCGGUGGUGGUGGGCACGGUGGGCGGCGUGGGCGUGGGCGCCGUGGGCGUGGGCGUGGGCGUGGGCGCGCAGAACAAGCUCAAGGUGCUGCACGCGCACCCGCUCACGCACGAGCAGCGCGCGCAGCUGCUGCAGGCGCGCGCGCACGGCAUCACCCCCCUACCGGCGGUGGUAUCCCUCGCGACCCUCGAAGCCAAGUCCAGCAACACGGCGGCCAUCCUGAAGGCGGCGCCAGGCUCCGUGGCGCAGUUCUUCGAGAUCAAGGGCGGGCAGCUCGGCAAGGGCCCGCACCUGGUCAACGUGGUGCGCCAGCCGCCGCCCAAGCCCACGCACGUCACGGACAAGAAGCCGCGGCAAGUUGUCGCCGCCAUCGACCACCAGGCGCUCAAAGGCGGUGUGACAGCAGCGGCGGCAGCGCGCGGCCGCGUGUCGCUGUCGCUGGACGGGCGGCAGCUGGUGCGCGCCGCGCUGCCCGCCGUGCGCGGCGCCGCGCCGCAGCUGCUGCGCCACCAGAUACAGCUCAAGCACCGCCGCGACCACCAGCCCACCAUCUCCAUAGGUACUGUACCUCCCCCUGGACGGCAGCUGGUCCGCGCCGCGCUGCCCGCCGUGCGCGGCGCCGCGCCGCAGCUGCUGCGCCACCAGAUACAGCUCAAGCACCGCCGCGACCACCAGCCCACCAUCUCCAUAGGUACUGUACCUCCCCCUGGACGGCAGCUGGUCCGCGCCGCGCUGCCCGCCGUGCGCGGCGCCGCGCCGCAGCUGCUGCGCCACCAGAUACAGCUCAAGCACCGCCGCGACCACCAGCCCACCAUCUCCAUAGGUACUGUACCUCCCCCUGGACGGCAGCUGGUCCGCGCCGCGCUGCCCGCCGUGCGCGGCGCCGCGCCGCAGCUGCUGCGCCACCAGAUACAGCUCAAGCACCGCCGCGACCACCAGCCCACCAUCUCCAUAGGUACUGUACCUCCCCCUGGACGGCAGCUGGUCCGCGCCGCGCUGCCCGCCGUGCGCGGCGCCGCGCCGCAGCUGCUGCGCCACCAGAUACAGCUCAAGCACCGCCGCGACCACCAGCCCACCAUCUCCAUAGGUACUGUACCUCCCCCUGGACGGCAGCUGGUCCGCGCCGCGCUGCCCGCCGUGCGCGGCGCCGCGCCGCAGCUGCUGCGCCACCAGAUACAGCUCAAGCACCGCCGCGACCACCAGCCCACCAUCUCCAUAGGUACUGUACCUCCCCCUGGACGGCAGCUGGUCCGCGCCGCGCUGCCCGCCGUGCGCGGCGCCGCGCCGCAGCUGCUGCGCCACCAGAUACAGCUCAAGCACCGCCGCGACCACCAGCCCACCAUCUCCAUAGGUACUGUACCUCCCCCUGGACGGCAGCUGGUCCGCGCCGCGCUGCCCGCCGUGCGCGGCGCCGCGCCGCAGCUGCUGCGCCACCAGAUACAGCUCAAGCACCGCCGCGACCACCAGCCCACCAUCUCCAUAGCGGCUCCAACGAAAACGGCGUCCAUCCCGUCGUCCGUGGUGGCCAACCUGCUGCAGAAGAACGUGUCGCUGGGCGCGCCGCGGCUGUCCCUCCCUCAGACGGCGGGCGUGCAGGCCAUCGCCUUCUCCGCCGCGCAGCUCAAGGCCAGGCAGGCCAGGCUGGUGCCGGCCCGACCCGUGCCCAGACCAGAGCUGGCGGAGACGGCGGCGACGUCGAGCGCGGCGCCGGCGGCGGAGGAGGACGACACGCCCAACGGCAGCGUGCGCCGCCGCACGCAGGACACGCUGCCCAUGGAGGUCACGUGACAACCGCCCGCGCCGGCCCUCGGGCUCCCCUCGGCUCGGGGCUCCCCGCCCGCCGCCGCCGCCGCGUCGCCUGACAAGUUGGCCAACAAGUCGGCCAACAAGUUGCCCGACAAGUCGCCCGACCCGCUGCCCAUCCUGGUCUUCUAGCCGGAGGACAACCGCUAGUGUUUCUCGCCAGUUCUGUUUACAAACAACACGCUUCAUAUACGAGCACAUGGAAUGCCCCCUUACUAGAUACACAGGCCAAGUAGACGAUUUUAAGACCCUGUCAGAUGAAGCAGUCGCGUACCUGGGAAGGGCGAUAUUCUAACUAAGAUUUUCUUACAACCUUAACUUUGGCAUUGUAAUCCAGUGACAUGUACAUAUGCCAUACGAUAAAUAAAUAAAUAUACGAGCACAGAAGAUAUGCUACACAAGAAUGCCUUGGGUACAGUUCAACGUUAACACGUGAAGGUUUAAUUAGUUCAGUUUAAAAUCUGAGGAUUGGAUAAUGGGCCUGAACAUUUUGCGACCUGUCUAAGCUAACUCUGCACCAACUUUGACAGACGGAAGUGUGGAACUGUCAUAAACGUCAUAUUUUCAUUGAAAUUUGACGUUUGUGAUGUGAAAUUGGACACUUCCACAUUUAGUUUUUGCAAAAUCCAUGCAGAGUUACCUUGGUCCGAUUCUAGUCAUGUAAUGUUGAAUACCAUACUUUUUCUACAACAGUAAUAUGUACACAUAUUAACUCACAUUUAUAG